UAAGUGACACUCGGAACUAGGAGCUUAAACCUUGACCUCUCUCUGCUUGCUGACAAAGUUGUUUUUUGUUUGUUUUUGUUCAUGUGUCUCUUUAAUAACACAUUUGUUGCAAUAAACUUUUGUUAUUCUUUCCAUUAUGUGGACUAUUUUCCGUUGUUAAUGCUAGUAGUCUGAGUUAAAUAUAAAAUGAAAAAGUAUUACAGGUCUAAUCAUAAUUAAUUUAUAAAGCGCUAGCGCUACAUUUGUGUCUACUUUUACAGUUUGUAUACCAUGUAUUGUGUAUGUCUAGCUAGUAAGUUAUGUUUGCUUAUAACGUGCUUGUUUUUAGGGAUGAAGUAUGUUGACUGUCAGAUGUGUCAGCGUGGUCUAACAUACCACAGGCACACUCACACAUGUCUGGCUGUUUUCAACUGGCUCAAAAGACAUGAAGAAGCCGACAUCCAUUGUGCGAACAUCUCUUCAGCGGGACAUCUAGUUUAUAUACUCGACGCUGAAACAAAUGACUUUAUCACAAAUUCUUUAAUACACGAUGGUUUUUGGUAUCACAUCGGACUCAAAGAUAGAUACUCAAACGGUGUUUACAAAUGGAAUAAUGGAAUGAUUGCUAACUAUACAAAUUUUGAUGACAAACACAGACCAGACGUUUCUAGAUUUUACGUCCUGAUCAGUACAAAAGGUUGGACGGAGAAUUAUAAUUAUGCAACACAAUUUAUCUGCCAAACGUCCGCAGAAAGAAAUGAGUUUUUCUUCCUGAAUGGCUCAAUCUUUGACAAUAACACAUCGGAAACUAUUGCUUUGGACAAAAUUGUUUGGAACUGCGGAACUUACGAUGUAAAAGACCAUCAAAUAGAAUUAGUUUAUCGACAGACUGACGGGAAAACUGUAAACUUGCAAUACGUUUUCGGUAAUGAUAUGAGUCACGUGAUGUACCCAGGCUGUGACGGUUCCGGUGUCUACGUCUGCCGGAUAAUAGAUCAAGUUAACCUUAAAGUUGUUUCUUUAGAAGGCAUUCUUAAAGUCAGAUGUAACGCUACUUAUUGUAACGCAGAGGAUGCAAAUCAGAACCUUCUUGUUGAUGGCUCCACUGGCUAUACCGAGGCCAAGUUAUGUGUCUUUAUCUACCCACCACCCACCACUGGACUAUAA